GCGUACGAGCUGCGGGCUCCGCUCUGCCAGUGCGACAGGGCCGGCCGGCUCCACAGGACCACGCGCCAUCGGCGCAGCUGCUCCGCAACCACAGCCCUCAGCCGGUGUUCCGUGGUACCAUGUCCAGCACAGUACCGCGGUGGUUCAGCACCCUGUCCCUGAGCAUGAAGCAGCUGGGCCGCCUGCCCUGGCUUCUGGACGCCCUCCCUUCCCUGCCGGCUCCGCGAGGAACCGUCGGGGCAUCAGAGGUCCCCAGCCUGUUCCGCGAACCUUACAUCCUCUCAGGAUACCGGCCAGUGGGGCAGGACUGGCGCUGCUACAUCCUGAGCCUUUUCCAGAGGCAUAACGAGUUGCUCAACGUUUGGACCCACUUGCUGACCGUGCCAGUUGUGCUGCUGCGCUGCGGGGCCUUUGUGGGGGCCCAGGGCCUGACUCUGGAGGCCCCCAGCCUGCCGCUGCUGCUCUACAUGCUGUCUGCUCUAACCUACCUGAGCUUCAGCACGGCCGCCCACCUGCUGCAGUCACACUCGGAGUUGGCGCACUACUCGCUCUUCUUCCUGGACUACGUGGGUGUCGGCGUCUACCAGUACGGCUGCGCCCUGGCGCACUAUUUUUACGGCUCGGAGGCAGCGUGGCGGGAGAGCACGGUGGGGACAUUGUACCUACCCGGGGCUGCCCUCCUUGCCUGGCUGUCAUGCGCUGGCUGCUGUUUCGCCAAGGUUCGCUACCGCCGGCCGUACCCGCUUCUGCGGAAGGUCUACCAGCUGGUCCCCACCGGCCUGGCCUACGUGCUGGUCAUCAGCCCCAUAGCGCAUCGGCUUGUGGUCGGUUCCUGGCACGACUCGACACUGACCCGCCACGCUCUGCAGGUGCUUUUCUUCCUGACGGCCGCUAUCUUCUUUUCCUGCCCCCUGCCGGAGCGUCUUUUCCCAGGCUGUUGUGACAUUGUGGGCCAUGCCCACCAGAUCUUCCACAUCUUCCUGGCACUCUGCACACUCUGCCAGCUGGAGGCUCUGCUGGAGGAUUUCCUGGCUCAGCGGCACAGCAUGCUACAAGUGCACAGGGAGGGCCAUCUCCUCCUGGCCUGCGCCUCCUUCCCCAUCCUGGUUUUCUGUUGUGCGGUGACCGCAGGUGCCAUGUGCAGCAGCGUGCAAAAGCAGCUGAGACUGAAACAUGAAUGAGGUACACAGCGAUAUAAGGCUGAUGUCAUUCAGACACAACAAAACAUACAUUUUAGUAUCAAAAUCCUUCCUUACAUAUAUGUAUUUAACAUGAAAUGACACACUGAGAUUAUGUAAAUAAUGUUUUCUUUUGUGCAAAAAUCAUGUAGGGGACUAUGGUUUACCAUCUGCAAUUGAUUAUUUUUGAACAUGUCAGCCAUGGAGUGGUUGUCCUGAAAGAUUUAGGUCCAGAGGAAA